UUGGCAUUGCCACACUGUAGCAGCAAUGGAAUUGAUGCAGCCUGUCUUCGAUGUUGAGCGCCGUUUCAGUCGCACAGCAGCAUUCCACUGGAUGUGCACACACUGGAAACAAUGUUUCUACAUCUCGGCCGUCUACGUGCUCGUCGUGCAUUACAUACAGCGGAAGAUGAAGGAGAGGACGCAGUUUGGCUUGCGCAAGCCGCUCUUUCUCUGGAAUCUGACGCUUGCACUCUUCAGUGCAGUGGCAUUCUAUAGAGUCGGAGCGCAUUUUGUUCAAGAAGUCAUGAGAUCUGGAUGGCACAAGACGUCGUGCAGUCUAGAAUGGCUCAACGGACCACCCGGCCUAUGGAGUUUCCUUUUUGGUUUUGCCAAACUUCCCGAACUCAUCGACACGUUAUUCGUUGUCCUCCGAAAACAGAAACUCAUGUUUCUCCACUGGUACCAUCACAUCACUGUCUUCUGCUACUGCUGGUAUGCAUACGUCUACCCUCAUGGCCAAGGUCGCAUCUUCAUCGUCAUGAACCUCUUCGUUCACUCCAUAAUGUACACAUACUAUGCAGUCAGAGCACAGGGCAUCGUCAAGAUCCCACGUACUGUAAACAUCUGCAUCACUACUGUCCAACUCAUGCAGAUGGUGUUUGGCGUUGCCACGUUUGUGGACGCAUACUGGAUGCUGCAGAAUGACCUGCCAUGCAAUGUCGCCUACCACAACAUCAUUUUUGGUAUACUGAUGUAUUUCAGCUAUGCCAUCUUGUUUGCACACUUUUUCUACGUCAAUUACUUGAAGAAGAAAUCGAUUCUGAUUGAGGAGAGUAAGGUGGAAGUGAGCGAGAAGAAGAAAGUCGAUUGAUACGACUAUAAAUUAAUAUCAAUUAGGUUAUUGUGUUGUGUUUCUCUAUGCCAUCUAUUGACUCUCUGUAACAGGGCUAAACGUUUAGAGAUUAUUUUUAAUUUAAUUAAAUUUAUUGCUGGGUUGUGGCAUGCGGAGCUCUAUGAAUUGCACUGAUCAUGACUAUAGACUCAAUAGCUCUUAUGACGUCAACAACAUGGUCUAUAGGGGAGUCAUCAGAG